AUGGCGUCCCCGGGCGGCCCCCGCAGCCUGGCUCCUGCCCCUUCAGCGCUGCCUCAGGGAGGCCCCAGUUCUCCUUGCUACCCUGUCCUCACCCCAUCGUGUGGCCAAGUGUUCCUGAAAAUCGUGGGAGGAAAUCAGAGCGAAGAAGGGAAGUGGCCUUGGCAGGUGAGUCUGAGGGUCAGUGGCAGACGUGUGUGGAGGUUCCCUCACACAGCUCAGUGGGUGCUGACUGCAGCCCACUGUAUUUUAAGCUGUUACUGCUACAAUGUCAUGAUGGGAGAUCAGAGUGUCUAUGGUGAAAUCUCAGGGUUGGUGGUUCCUAUCAGCUGAGUCGUUCACCCUCAGUUCUCAACACGUGGAACUGUUAAACACGGAACUGUUCUCAACAUGUGGAACGUUGCUCUUCUCCGGCUCUUCUUCGCUGUAAAUUUCACUGGGGUCAUCCAGCCUAUAUGCAUCCCUGAGAAGACUUUCCAGGUGGAAGCUGGGACCAGGUGCUGGGUGACUGGAUGGGGCAAGCAACAAGAAUUCGGUGGCCCAUUUGUCUCAGUCUUACUCCGGGAGAUGGACCAAUAUAUCAUCUACUAUGAAGAAUGUAAUGGGAUGGUCCAGAAGGCCAUGCCAACAGAUAAGGAUGUAGUACUGGAAGGAAUGAUCUGUGGCUAUAAUAGUAUAGGAAAGGAUUCUUGUCAGCCUUUACUUAAGGAGAUUCAGGGGAGAACCCCUUAA